CUAUGGGCAGCAUCCCAUAAGACUAAGUCUUACUGAAAUGACUGGGACUUCAUCGUGACUCAUCAUGGAUCACCGGAGGGCUAUAGGCCACCUCCAGCCUCAGAGGCAGGAUGCCUCGAACUAGCAGGAGAGUAAACAGGAGGAGAGAGGGGAGGGGAGCUGGUCUUGUGGCCGCAAGCAAGAGAAACAUGGCAAGGAGUGGGAAGAAGAUGGGGACCCCCACAGCCGUCUCCUCCGGACCCGUUUCCAAGGAAGGAGGGCCAAGUGCGGGGGGGGGGUGGGCGAUGCCGCUGGGUGUCGCUGGGAAACGGCAGCCCCAGCCGGCUCCCAGGGCCUAGUACGGUAGCUGCACUGCCAGGCAGCAGGCAAGGCCGAGCUAGUCUAGCAACGGUCCCCAUGGCAACGCAAACAGCCGGCCUGCCAGCCUGCCUGCCUGGAAGGAGCCGGCAAGAUGGUCGACAUCGGUUCAGGGCUGGAGCAUCUGGACAUCGCUGCCCUCAACCCAGAGCAGACGAUGAAGCUCCUGCAUUUCAAGAUAAACACCAAGAUUGCCAAUGAGAAAUACCUCCGUUCCCACAAAGAGGUGGAGCUGCUGCUGUCAGGAUUUCUCAGGGAAGUCUUGCUGAAGAGGCCGGAAGAUAUCCGAGAGUUUGCUGCAGACUAUUUCACCAACCCAGAACUUCCCACGCAAGUGAAGCGAGAGCUGAUGGCGAAAAUAAACCAGGCUGUGUAGACACACGCCCAGACUCGGGAUACGGGUGGCGUGUGCAAGCCUGGCCAUGGUGUGCCUGGGUCUUCGGGAUGCCCCUUCUCGAGAUGACCUCUCCACUGCCCAGGACCUCUCCUGGACCGAGAUCGCGCCUCCGCCGUGAUCUUCACCAUUCCGCCCCUGCGUGUCUUCCAACCCCUUCCCCCAUCCAAAGCUUCCAAUAAAUUUGGCUACCUGGCCCAA